AUGGCAGAGCUCACCGCGGACCCGGCUCCGCUAAGCCCCGAGCAGCGCGUGGAACAAGCCGCUCGCGCCUUCGAGCAGAAACAACAGCGCAUCAGUACCUACCCAAUAGCUCAAAGCACAACCAGGAAGCUAAAGCGCACCUCGUGGAUCGCCCUCGCCAGCAAGCAUCAUAUCGUGGCGCCUCGCGACGUGCGCUUUAGAGACAUUGGCAAACGUGACCGCGGCAAGCGCCUGCUCACACCCGCAGCCCGAAAGGAGCGCCAGGCGUCCUAG